AUGUUACAUACUAUUAUUACGUGGCGUAUUAGCUAUAUAGAUAUGACCGCAUUUCCGAGCAAAGAUUUUAUUAUAGGAUACGGAAUAGGUGCUCUUUUGCCACAGUAUCUCAAUGCUUAUCAUUACACAAGUAAUCGUAUGCUCUUUGGUCAUGGAGUAUCACACGGUCAAUGUGUUAUCAAACGUGGAGUUGUAAUUUCUGAUAGCUCUAAAGUAGCCAGUCGAAUACUUAUUCGACUAGGAAUGAUUAUCACACUUGAACCAGAUAUCUAUGUCGAUAUGGUGAAUAGGAUAUUUGAAUAA